AUGCUUGGUACGCCAUCAUUAAAUUCAACGUCGACACCUCGAGCACCAGAAGACGAAGAUUCCCGAAAUGUUAUUGAUCGUUUGGCAGAAUUUGUGGCAAAAAAUGGGAUGGAAUUUGAGGAACGCACGAGAGCCAAGCAGUAUGGUGAUCCACGUUUUGCUUUUUUAUACGGUGGCGAAUUUGCGGAUUACUAUCGUUUCCGGGUGAUGCAAGAAAUCCAAAAGUUAAACGAUGGAAAUCCGUCUGCAAGUUUAGCACCUCCUUCAGCUAUACAAGUACAGCAAUUUGAUGCAAAUACGGCCUUGGCACAAAUUGCAACUUUUAAUCAACAAAUUGCUGAUAGUGAGGCGAAUUUAAGAGCUCAAUUUGAGUCCAUCGAAUUACAAAAAGAGGCCCAACUCGCUAUAGCAAUUGAAAAAGCUGAAGCAGAUAAAAUAGCAUCGAUAUGUGAGCAAGUUGCUCUAGAUGUUGAACCUCUUUCGAAAAUGCUCGAUCAGCUUAAUGGUCACUGCAGUAAAGAUGUUAUCUCGAACAGCAAAAAAUGGAUAUUCGAGAAAUGUACAACUGACCGCCUGCGUGAGGCCAUAUUGAUGUACCUACUGUACCGAGUGAAAGAGCCACGCGCUACCGAGCAAUUCAAACUUCAUAUUUUAUAUUUAAUAAACGAUUGGGCGCAUCAUUGUCAGCGUAAAAAGUUGGAUGCAAUUCGACAAAUGCUUUCGCGAUACGUACCGCAACUCUACGCUUUCACAGCUCAGGGUGUUAAAGAAUCAGUUGUGAAUGAAAAAUUGGAGAAAUUGAUUGGUGUAUGGGAAGGCCACAAAUAUUUUGAUGAUGGUUGUUAUAAACAACUACGAAAUCCAUUGUUGUUAUAUCAAAACUGGAAAAAUGCACAACAAGCAGAAUAUGCGAAAAAAGCGGCGGAAAUUCAUGCGCAAUUAUUGGCAACUUAUAAAGGUUAUGAGCAACAACAUCAAGAAUUUGCACUUCAUUGUAGGACGCAAAUUGCUCUACUUCAACAGCAGAUUGAAGCCGAAAGAAUGAAACAAAAUAUGCCCUUACCUGCAUCAGGACCUACAAUGCCACCACCACCAGCAGCAGCUGAAGGGCCGUUACCGUUGAAUCGUCGCGAACGCCGGUCGCGUUUUGACCAAAAGAUUGCAGGACCACCACCAGCACAAAAUAAUUUUGCCAAUAUACCUCCAGAAAAUGAUUAUGGCCGCUUUUUCACCGCUCCACCACCACAUACGAAUGUUCCGUCACCAAAAGAUAUAUAUCAUGCUCGACCUGAUGAAGAUGAUCCAUCAUAUGUUAUUUACGAUGAAAAUGAAUUCAGCAGUGGUCUAAACAAAAAUCGCAAAAAUGAGAAUGAAAUUCAACCAACUCGUCCGCCGUUUCGUGGUGCAUCACAAACUCCCAUUUUUGGGCCACCACCGCAGAAUAUCUUUGAUGACAGCGCUUUAAUUCCAAGUGUUCCCUACUACGAGUUGCCCGCGGGCAUGAUGAUGCCAUUAAUUGAAAUGGAAGAUGUACUGUACAAACCUGUAAUAGUAUCAAAAUUGCGUCUUCCGCCUCCAAUUCCACCAACUGAGCGCUUGUUGCGUGCUAUGGAUGCAUUCUAUGCCCCACAAAGCUUGGAAAAUCAAAGGGAUACAGAUGGUUGGGAACGCCACGGUUUAUUUGAAUAUUAUGCGAAAAAAAAUGAAAUAAAGAAAAAAGUGGAGGAACAAUUAAAAGCAGAGGGAAAGACAUUAGAAGAUGCAAUUGAAAAUGUCUAUAUCGAGGAAAAUAAUGAGGAAAAAGAUGAAAGACGGGAUUAUAGACGCUCUUCUUCAAGGAGCCAUCAUCGAUCGAGUUCAUCUGAUUCAUCAUCUAGUCGGUCGAGCUCUUAUUCAAGUGAUAGAUCAAGAAGGAGACGGUCAAAAAGUAGUCACUCGAGGUCGAGCGGGAGUUUCAGCUCUCGAUCUAGAUCUCGAUCCUUGUCACGUUCAAAUUCAAGGCAUCAUCGUAGCAGAUCCCGAUCAAAUUCACCGAGGCGACGGAAGCAUUCUGAUUCAAGAAGUCCUUCUCCUAUGCGACCAUCAUUUGGAAAUCCGAAACAAAUUGGUAGUCGCAGUCCUACUCCAAAAUUCAUUCCGCCAUCUGGACCUCCACCACGAUUGAGUUCUGCCAAUAAAGGUGCGCAGCUGUUAGCGAAAAUGGGUUGGCACGGUGGUGGCCUAGGUGCCGAUAGACAGGGUAUUGAGGAACCGAUACCUGGUGGUGAAAUUCGGGAUGCUGCAGAUCAGUUUCGUGGUGUUGGUUCAAAGCCAGAUAUGUACGAAGAAUAUCGAAAGCAAAUGAGUGGAUAUCAUAAAAAUCGAAAUAAGCGUUGUUUUGAUUAG